GCAGAACAAGAGGAGAGGGACGACAGUCAUCCUCUCCCUCCACCACCCCUCCACCACGUCCCCCACUAAGGCUUUCCGCCUUUCUUUCUCUUCUUUGAUACCCAUUUUUCAGCGACCAGCAGCAAGCACUGCUCUCGAAUGCUCUCCCACCUUCCACUCCACUUUUUCACCUAAGUUUUCCAUCUCAAUCACAGCCGUUCGCACCUACGCGAAACACAGCAGGAUGCCUCCCAAAAAAGCUGUGAAGGAGGAGAAGAUUCUCCUCGGCAGGCCGGGCAACAACUUGAAGAGCGGCAUCGUCGGGCUUGCGAACGUCGGAAAGUCAACCUUGUUCCAAGCAAUCACUAAAUGCCAUCUCGGUAAUCCCGCCAACUUUCCAUAUGCUACCAUCGACCCUGAAGAAGCCCGCGUCAUUGUGCCUGACGAGCGAUUCGACUGGUUGGUGCAGCAAUACAAGCCGAAAUCCGUCGUGCCUGCCAACCUGACUGUCUACGAUAUCGCCGGCCUUACACGAGGCGCGUCGACUGGUGCCGGUCUUGGAAACGCUUUCUUGUCACAUAUCCGAGCUGUCGAUGCUAUCUUCCAGGUCGUCCGAUGCUUCGAUGACGCCGAGAUUAUUCACGUUGAGGGCGACGUCGACCCUAUUCGUGAUUUGGACAUCAUUAGCGAAGAAUUGCGAAUCAAGGACAUUGAAUUCGUCGAAAAGUCGCACGAGAAGCUCGUCAAAGACACGAGGAGAGGCGGCCAGAGCUUGGAAAUGAAGAAAAUGAAGGAGGAAUUGGCCACAGUGGAGAAAAUCAUCGAGAUGCUCAAGGCUGGCAAAGACGUCCGGAAAGGUAAUUGGUCUCCAAAAGAGGUCGAAGUCAUCAACCCACUCUUCCUCCUUACCGCCAAACCCGUCGUCUACCUCGUCAACCUCAGCGAAAAGGACUACAUUCGCCAGAAGAACAAGCAUCUCCCUAAGAUUGCAAAUUGGAUAAAGGAAAACGCUACAGGUGACCCGAUCAUCCCCGUCUCCGUUUCCUUCGAAGAGCGCCUUGCGGCUAUGACGGAAGAGGAAGCCGCAGAGGAAUGCAAGAAGCUCGAAACCAAGUCCGCCCUACCUAAGAUCAUCGUCACUAUGCGCAAAGCUCUGAACCUUGGAAGCUUCUUUACAACUGGUACCGACGAGGUCAGGCAGUGGACGAUACGGAAUGGCACCAAGGCUCCUCAGGCUGCGGGUGUCAUUCACGGUGAUUUUGAGAAGACCUUCAUUCAGGCUGUCGUUUACAAUUACAACGUUUUAAAAGAGGAAGGUGAUGAAGCGACGUGCAAGGCCAAGGGUAAGAUCAUGACGAAAGGCAAAGACUAUGUGGUCGAGGACGGCGAUAUCCUACUCAUCAAAGCGGGUGCGGCGAAAUCAUAGUGCAUUUAUAGGAUCUAUUAGGGAAUUUCCCAGCCCGGGGGUAAAUUAGGGCCAGGUGAUUUGGCUGGCGGACCUGGCAAUAACAUCCACAUGAAAAGCAGGCAGUCUGCAACCCGAAUGAAUGAUAGUCCAUCCUCAACUUUCGGGUCAGGAUGAAAUGCCAUUACUUGAUAUUGCUCAAAGUCUCUCAGAAUCCCAUAUCAAU